AGAAUAAUUUAAAAUGAUAAAAAAAAAUUCCCCAAUCAUUGAAAAACAACACUUUGAAAAUUUUGCUGAACAACCGAGUUUGAACUUCGUAAAAUGAUUUUCUGUGCUGUGGGCAGUCCAAGUCAAUAAUGGAGAAAAAUUGAACUUACGGUUGAAGUUCUCAGAUAAUGGAAGAAGAAGAAGAAGAUCGACGGUGCUUCGACUGCCUUCAGCGCCAAAUCGCCGCCAACUACUCCGACAAGCUCAUCUUCUCUUAUGGCAUCACCGAUUCCGCCCUUCCUUUUGGCACUAGCGCCGUCGUACAGAUGCCUAAUACCAGCGGGGAGGUUUCGGCUGAGUUCGUGUUGAUAUAUCGAGGGAGUCGUGAGAAAGAUUGCUUAACCAAAUACAUUGAUGAGUUUCAAGGAGAAGUCUGCGCUGGAAAUUUGAGUGAUGAAACCAGAUCACAUUCUUCACGGGAUGAAUCUGAGUGUUCGUCAAAUGGUAGUAAGAAAGUGUCCAUUGACGGAUUAGGAUAUGAAGAUUCUACCUGUGGCUGUAACUAUUCUGGUUUUUUCUCUUGCUUAAGGACUACCACUGCUUUGGCCCCCGUUGCUUAUGUUGGCACUUGUUCCUACUCUAACUUUGAAGAGCUUGCUGCCAAUUUCUUGUCUGGAUCUCUGGAAGAUCACAUAUUGUGCUCGCUUAGUCUCCUGAUUGAAGGAAAAGCUGCAGGACGGGAUGGUGUAAAUUUUCUUAAUUUAAUUGGGAUACCAGCAUUUAGUGAGAAUAACUUACCCGGUUGCCUGAGGCAUCCGAAUAUAGUUCCUGUUCUUGGGAUGCUGAAAUCAUCUGGUUGCAUAAAUGUAGUGUUUCCAAGAAGCCCAUUUACCUUGGAAAGUGUUCUAUUUUAUAGCCCUGGCGCUUUGAAGUCUGAGUGGCAUAUAAAAUUUCUAAUAUAUCAGCUACUUUCUGCCCUAUCUUAUAUACAUGGUCUAGGAGUUGCCCAUGGCUAUGUGUGCCCAUCAAAUGUGAUGUUGAGCAAUUCAUGUUGGCUGUGGCUGCGCACUUUUGAUAAGCCUCAGUCAAGAAUUAAAGACCUGAAAAUAGGUUGCUGCACUGAUGGUUGUCCUACUCAUGGUCUAUAUGCUGAUUUGAAGCUCUCCUCAUCCAUAGAUUGGCAUUCUGCUUUUAAUCAGUGGUGGAGGGGAGAGCUGAGUAAUUUUGAGUAUCUGCUUAUCUUAAACAAAUUAGCUGGGAGAAGGUGGGGAGACCAUACAUUUCAUAUGGUUAUGCCAUGGGUAAUAGAUUUUAGCUCAAAACCUGAUGAGAGUUCUGAAGCAGGAUGGCGGGAUUUAAGCAAGAGCAAAUGGCGGUUGGCAAAAGGUGAUGAACAGUUGGACUUCACAUACUCAACAUCUGAAAUCCCACAUCAUGUAUCGGAUGAGUGCCUUUCUGAACUGGCUGUCUGCAGUUACAAAGCUAGGAGGUUACCUUUGAGUGUUCUGCGCAUGGCUGUUCGUUCAGUCUAUGAGCCUAAUGAGUACCCUUCAAACAUGCAAAGACUUUACCAAUGGACUCCUGAUGAGUGCAUCCCGGAGUUCUACUGUGACCCUCAAAUCUUUUACUCACUAAAUGCUGGUAUGACAGAUUUGGCAGUACCUUCAUGGACAAGUAGUCCUGAGGAGUUCAUCAAACUGCAUCGAGACGCCUUAGAAAGCAAUCGAGUCUCAUCCCAAAUCCAUCAUUGGAUUGAUAUCACUUUUGGGUACAAAAUGUCAGGUCGGGCAGCUGUUGAUGCCAAGAAUGUCAUGUUGCCUUCUUCAGAGCCAACCGUGCCAAGGUCUGUGGGCCGUCGUCAGCUCUUCACUCAACCACACCCUGCUCGCUUAGGUGCUACCAUAAAAAUGCAUGAUAGCACCGAUGAAUUAUCCAUGCAUCAAAGCCCAGUGAAUGAAGUAAUUUGUGAAAGAUCCCUCCUUUGUGGAGCUGCUUUUUUGCAAAAAUUCGAAGAUACGUCUGCAUUUUGUGAACAUGCUUCACAUUUGAAUGCCCUGUACUGUGAUCAUCUGAAAAAUGGCAAGGACGCGUCUGGUUUUGAAGAGCCGCCAAGUCGGUGUUUUAGGAAAAGUAUAUCUAGAACAUCCGACAGUGGCAGUAGUUAUGGGGUGCCAUCUGAUAUUGAUUUAAAUAAUUUUCUAGAGCAUAUUGAGGUGGAUAAUGAAACAUCCAUGGGAUAUCAAGAUUUGUUGGUUUGGAAUCAGAAAUUAGCUUGUUCGAGGUCUCUUUCUGAAGACGUUGCCAAGGACAUGUUUUCUGUUGGUUGUGUUUUAGCAGAACUUCAUUUGAGGAGGCCCCUUUUUGAUUCAACCUCAUUGGACAUGUACCUAGAGAAUGGUGUCUUACCUGGAUUGAUGCAGCAACUUCCCCCUCACACUAAAGUCAUGGUUGAAGCUUGUGUUAAAAAGGAUUGGAGGAGGAGGCCUUCUGCCAAAAGUCUUUUGGAAUCCCCAUAUUUUCCGGCCUCUGUCAGGUCGGCAUACUUGUUUCUUGCCCCACUUCAUGUUUUAGCUAAGGAUAGGUCACGUCUUCGUUAUGCUGCAAAUUUUGCAAAACAAGGGGCUUUGAAAGCAAUGGGAGCAUUUGCAGCUGAAAUGUGUGCUUCUUAUUGCUUGCCGCUUGUGGUGACUCUUUUAUCAGAUGCUGAAGCCGAGUUGGCUUUCAUAUUGCUGAAAGAAUUUUUAAAAUGUUUGAAACCAACAUCAAUAAAAACAUUGAUCAUCCCUGCCAUCCAGAAGAUUUUACAGGCUACAGGUUAUUCACAUUUGAAGGUCUCUCUUCUCCAAGACUCGUUUGUGCGGGAGUUAUGGAAACAGAUUGGUAAACAAGCUUAUCUGGAAACAAUACAUCCUCUGGUCAUCUCGAACUUGUAUGUUGCUCCUCAUAAGAGUUCUGCUGCUGCUGCCGCAGUGCUGCUUAUUGGUUCUAGUGAAGAGCUUGGUGUCCCUGUUACAGUUCAUCAGACAAUCUUGCCUCUAAUUCAAUGUUUCGGGAGAGGACUUUGUGCUGAUGGAAUUGAUGUGCUGGUUAGAAUUGGUGGUCUUUUUGGGGAGAACUUUGUUGUUAGACAGAUUCUACCACUUCUGAAAAAUGUUCUUGACUCCUGUAUUGAUGUUUCAUAUACGAAAAAGCCUGAGCCUAUGCAGAACUGGAGUGCUCUAGCUUGUAUUGAUUAUUUAAUGGUGUUAGAUGGUCUGGUUGCAUUCUUGCCGAGGGAGGUAGUUGUGAAGGAGAUGCUUCAAGACCAAAAUUGCCUGCAUGUUACAGUUCUCAUGCGUUCCGAUUUGGAAUUGCCAGUGCUUCAGGUUGCUGCUACAACUCUCAUUGCAGUUUGUCAGCGUAUUGGGCCUGAAUUAACAGCAUUGCAUGUCUUGCCUCAGCUGAAAGGGUUCUUUGAUGAGCUUGCUUUCUCCCAAGGCAGGGCAAAUGAGUCUGGUUCCGUUGGCAGAAGCUCCAGGGUUUCUAAGCCUAAAGUAGAUGAGGAAUUUCAAAUUGAGAGCCGCAUGGACCUUGUGUUGCUUCUGUAUCGUUCUCUUGCAUCAAUCCUUGGGAUAGAGCGACUUCGUCAAUGUUGUGCCACAUGGUUGCUUCUUGAACAGUUCCUUUUACGGUGUCAUAACUGGAAAUGGGAACAUACAGGAGAAACGUCUCGAAGUGGUACAGAAAGUAUAAAUGGAAAGAGGCCUGUUUUCAACAAGGGCUCAACAUCUGAUUAUAGUCCUGCUAAAUUGUUGCUCAAUGGGGUUGGUUGGUCAAUACCCCAAUCACAAGGAAAUAGAAGUGCCAAAAAGUUGAUGUCUCAGAAGAAAUUUUCUGACUACCAGAAUCCAGUUGAAAGGCAUGUUGCAACCUCAAGUUUUGGGAAACAUGAACCCUGGUUUUGGUUCCCCAGUCCAGCUGCUAGCUGGGAAGGGCCUGGUUUUCUUGGACGUUUGGGUGGUCUAAAAGAUGAACUUCCCUGGAAGAUCAGAGCAUCUGUUAUUUAUUCUGUCCGUGCACAUCAUGGAGCUGUAAGAUCCCUAGCUGUUUGCCGAGAUGAGUGCACAGUGUUCACUGCAGGAGUUGGUCCAGGAUUUAAAGGAACUGUUCAGAAGUGGGAUUUGACAAGAAUUAAUCAUGUAUCUGGCUAUUAUGGCCAUGAAGAGGUGGUGAAUGACAUUUGUGUCCUGUCAUCCAGUGGAAGAGUAGCUUCCUCUGAUGGAACAGUGCAUGUUUGGAACAGUCAAACAGGGAAGCUGAUAUCAGUGUUUGCUGAACCAUCCUCAGAUUCUGCAAAUCUUGCAAGCCCUCUAUCUUCUGCAUCAAAGAGUAAUUCUGAGCAGUCCAAUAUGCUGAGUUCCAAUCCAUUAUCAAGUGGAAUAUUGACUAGUGCAUUUGAUGGGACCUUAUACACUUGUAUGCAUCUGCUAGAAUUUGCUGAGAAACUAGUAGUUGGCACUGGAAAUGGGUCUCUGAGAUUUAUUGACAUUGCCAACAGUCAAAAGCUUCAUCUUUGGAGGAGUGAAUCUUUUGGGUUCCACUUUCCUUCUCUCAUCUCUUCCAUAUGUUCAUGUGGAUCUGACAAAAUGAAGACUGAUGGAGCAGUGGCUUUCCCAUCUUGGAUUGCUGCUGGACUAAGUUCUGGUAAUUGCAGGUUGCUUGAUGCAAGGAGUGGCAAUGUCAUUGCCUCUUGGCGUGCUCAUGAUGGAUACGUGACAAAGUUGGCAGCACCUGAGGAACAUUUGCUUGUGUCCAGCUCUCUUGACAGGACUUUACGUAUUUGGGACUUGAGAAGGAAUUCACCAUCACAACCUGCUGUUUUCAGAGGCCAUAUAGAUAGUGUAUCUGGGUUCUCUAUGUGGGGCCAAGAUAUUAUUUCAAUUUCCAGAAAUAAUAUUGGACUUUCCUCUUUGGCUAGAUCUGCAGAUGAAGAUGGGCAGCAUCGGAUUACACCUCAGAAACUCCAUAUGUCAGAUCGCAGAAUGAGAAAUAUGUCAGUAUUAACAAGUAUUGGUAUUAUGCCCUUCUCACGAUUGUUUCUUGUUGGAACAGAGGAUGGUCAUAUGAGAAUAUGCUGUUAGAUGUCUUCAUCUCCAUUAUGCAGCACUUGUCUCAGGAAUGACAUCUUUCAUUCCACCAAAAAUGCUUCCCAUUUUAUUGUAAUUAUCUGGGUGUAAUAUUCUUUUAGUUAUGUGAAGAAAAUAAAUUGCGUUCUUGUUCC